AUGUGCUUUGUGCACUCAGGCCGCUGCGCAAUCCCAUUGUCAUGAUCCAAAGUCCAACUAUUGCAACAACAUGCAGCAACUUCAACUACGGAAAGCACUGGAAAAGGAUUUCUCUGGAUAAGGAUUUGAAAUUAUGGGCUCAGUAUGUAUCAAGGAUGACUAAUAUUCACCUGUACAGGAGGUAAUCUUCUGAGGCCUCAUGGUAAAAAGUAUAAUUGUUGCCUACACCCUGUGGGCAGUAGGUGGGCCUUUGGGCCUUCACCAUUUGUACUUAGGUAGAGACACCCAUGCUCUGCUAUGGAUGCUAACACUAGGAGGAUUUGGAUUUGGGUGGGUCAGGGAAUUUAUACGCAUCCCUGCUUAUGUUAGUGAGGCCAAUCAAGAAGGAAAUAAAGAGAGAAAAAGGCCUCCCACUUCAAUCCCUCCUCCUGUGAGUCCUGUCAGAUUUGCAGGACAGGUGUGUGUUGGAGUCUACUUUGGCACUGUGGCCAUGAUAGGACUGAACUCCCUCAGUUUCUUCUACUUGAUUGUGUUGCCUUUAUGUGUGGGUGCAGGGGUGCAUCUGGUGUCCAAUGUUGGCCAGCAGACAUCCGAUCUCCAAAAGACUUUGACUUCUUGUCUCGCAACCUCCCUGCUAUUCUAUGGCAGCACAUUAUCUCCUCUUCCUAUAAGCUUGGCUGCCAGUGUCACUGCUGCAAAGCACCGCACGUUCAAACCUCCACGGACACCUGGGAGCAAACAGAAAUUAGGUCCACGGCUUUAUAGGAUCGGUCUAGGUUGGCUGGCCUUCUCUGCCCCGCUGGCUUACUGUAUUUUCCACAACACCACAGCCACCCUGUACUAUCUGUCUGACUCUAUAGCAGCACUGCUGGAUAUUUUAUGGUUCCUGCCUUGGCUCAGAAGUGUGUUGGAGUACCUUCUUUUAAUGCCAUAUCGGAUAUUGUGUGUGCUUACUGGAGGAGGGUACUAUGAAGAUGCCUGGAGGAAGGUGCUAGAAAUACUGCUCAAAGAAUACACUGAGAGAGAGAAAGAGGCACUGAAGAUAUUGUCUCUGGGAGCAGAGGCCUCUCUUGAGGAGAUAUCCCGAAGUUAUAGGGAGCUGGCCAAGAAGUGGCAUCCGGACCACAACCCCAGCAAGGAUGCUGAGGAAAUAUUUGUGAAGCUCCAGGAGGCUUAUGAGGUCCUUCUACGUUGGCACAGGCCCAAUCGAUUCAAUUAGUUGCCUUUUAUUCAUUGGGGGCUUGCUUGCGUUGUCAUUAUUUUUUAUUGUUCAUGAAAAAAUAAAUCAAGGGCACGCACA